CCAUCUUAGGUUUGAAUUGGGCCUAAUAUUCUCGUCUGGGCCUACUCUUUUUCUCGAUUAAGCCGAAAGCGAAGUUAUGAAUUCAGAAUCAAGCAUAUAUAAACUACAAUAAUCAUAACAAGAAGAAGUUGCGAGAGAAAAAGAAAAAUGGUGAAGUUGUUUAUAAGUAGUGGAGUAAGGCAUCUGUUUGUAACGGUCUUUCUCUCUACGGCGUCCGCGAUUAUGGUGUUGCCGGCGAUAACCGAUGUCACCAUGGCGGCGCUCUGUCCCGGCCGUGAUGAAUGCUCUCUCGCCAUCUAUCUCACCGGCUUCCAACAAGCGCUAUCAGGAUUUGGAGCGGUAGUGAUAACGCCAAUAGUAGGGAAUUUGUCGGACAAGUACGGAAGGAAAGCUCUGCUCACAUUACCCACCGCAAUCUCCAUUAUCCCACUCGCGAUAUUGGCAUACAGCAGGGAGAGAAGGUUCUUCUAUGCAUAUUACGUUACGAGGACUCUCACUGCCAUGGUCUCUGAAGGCACUGCUGCUUGCCUCGCUCUCGCUUAUCUGGCAGACAAUACUUCACUUACAAAUCGAGGGUCCGCAUUCGGUUUGUUCACUGGAGUUUGCUCUGCUGCUUUUGUUUGCGGAACCAUAGCAUCUCGCUUCCUCGCUACUGACUACAUUUUUCCGAUUGCUGCAAUAUUCUCCAUGGUCGCAACAGUAUACAUGAGAAUUUUUCUCAAGGAUCGUUUGCCUGGUAGAAGUGAUUUAGUACAGCCAAUGUUGAAGGAAGAAGUGCCGGAAUUAACCAACCGUGAGGACGAUGGUGGUAAAUUGACGAGACCGACGCAGCCUUUCAGAAAGAUGCCUACUCUGGAUGAUGUUAUUACCUUAUUCAAGAGCAGUACACUACUUUCACAAGCCGCAGUUGUUGUAUUCUUUACUGGCCUCGGUGAGGGAGGAAUGCAAGCCUCUAUAUUGUACUAUUUCAAAGCUCGAUUUCACUUUGAUAAGGACCAGUUCGCAGAUUUGAUGCUACUUAAUGGGGUGGCAGGAACCGUCUCGCAGCUUGUUUUGAUGCCCCUGUUGGUUCCUGUUCUAUCUGAAGAUAAGCUACUUUCAUUAGGUCUUUUGGUGGGAAGCAUCAGUAUGGUCAUUAAUAGCAUUGCCUGGGCAAUUUGGGUUCCUUAUGCUGUAGCUAUAUCUUUUAUUUUCUCUGUUUUUGUGAGCCCAUGUCUGCGCAGCAUUGUAUCAAAACAAGUCGGUCAAAAUGAGCAGGAAGUUCCUAGGGACGAUCGGUUGUAUGUGACCAAAAGAAGGAAACCGGAUAGAAGAAGUGCUCCAUUGUUGAAGUAAAAGUUGAAUGCAUAUUUGAUUAAUGCUGCGAUUAAGGGGGAGUCUCAUCAUACCCUCUGUUUAGUUAUGACCAUUAUGUUACAUCAUAAUCAAGUUCUGUUGAAACAGUCCUAGAACAGUACAGUAACAAUAGUGUCAAAGUGUUGUUUACUCAGUCAUAACUAUGUAUUCAACACUUAUUGUAUUUGUGAUUAAUACAAUCUUCCAUCUUGGGCAAACUGCCUCCCAGAUGUAGAUGUACAUUCAUCGAACUGGGUUAUCAAAUGUUGCUGUGUUGCUUGUUCUUUUUCCAUGUUACUUCAGCUUAGUACUCUUUCUACAACUGUGGCUACAACUGUUACAUAUCACUAGAACCGUUCAUAUUACAAUUGGUAUCAGAGCGGGUUGUCAUACGAUCGUUGAUGGACGGAAUUCGUGAAGGAAACUCAACCACUAGACCUUCUCUUCUAGAUAGAGGAAACUAUGGGUACUGGAAGUCACGUAUGGAGGCAUUCCUGAUGUCUCUGGACAUGAGGUGUUGGAGAGCCAUUAUAUCAGGGUGGGAGCACCUCACUGAAAAGGAUGAAACGAUAAAAUUACACGAAAAUUUGAACUAAAGUGGACAAGCGAAGAAGAUGAUGCAGCCGUAGGCAAUUCACGUGUGCUGAAUGCACUAUUCAACGUCAUUGAUCCUAACAUAUUCAAGCUAAUCAACACCUGCAAGUCAGCUAAGGUCGCAUAGGAUAACCUGGAGGUAGCCUUUGAAGGGACGUCAAAGGUAAAAAUAUCAUGGUUGCAGAUCCUGACAUCUCGGUUCGAAGCACUUCAAAUGACUGAAGAAGAGAUUAUCACUGAGUUCAAUGUUCGAGUACUUAACAUUGCCAACUAAUCAGAUGCGCUGGGGGAAAAGUUGUCUGAUUCAAAACUUGUUUGGAAAGUCCUUAGAUCUCUGCCAUCGAAGUUCAACAUGAAAGUCACCACCAUAGAGGAAGCUAAUGCCCUAUCAAAAAUGAAGCUGGAUAAACUGUUCGUGUCAUUACGUACAUUCGAGUUACACCUAGGGGAUAGUGUAAGCAGGAGGAAAUCAAGUCUGGCUCUAACCUCAGUAAAGGAAGAACCAACAGAGGAUUACAGAGUCUCUCAAAAUAAAGACUCCCUUACAAAAUCUAUGGCGUUGCUGACUAAUCAGGUUGCAAAACUGAAGAGUCAAUUUCACAAACACAUUGGCAGUCAAUGCAACAGCCGCGAAGCCACCUCAGCUACUCAACAUAGAAUAUCAAGCCCUUCAUCAUCCGAUGUUUCCGAAGAAAGGACCACAAACGAAAUGAAAAGGACAAUGGCUCUUCAAAAUUUGAGAAGUCUGGCAAAGGAAUCAGGUGUCAUGAGUGUGAAUUGUUUGGGCAUAUUCAAUCUGAAUGUGCAACCUAUCUCAAACGCAAGAAGAAGAGUCUUGUAGCCACCUUAUCAGACGAAGAAGACUAUUCCCAACGUGAUGAUGAAGAAGUAGGAAUGACCUUGAUUAGUAUCACCACUAUGAACGAAGAAGAAGCCCCACAAGAGACCUCCCAAGCAUCAGACUAGCAGAAAGAAAUGAUAGACGACUGUCUCAAUGACAGUACACUGCAAAGGAAGUGGAAGGAAGAUCAAGCAAUUAUCAUACAACAACAAGAAAGGAUACAAUGCUUGAUGGAAAAAAAUCAAAGCUUCUUGUCCUCAAUAGUUACGUUAAAAGUCGAAUUAAAGGAAACCAAGAAACAAUUUGAAGAACUGACCAAAUCUAUAAAGAUGUUGACAAACGGGUCUAAAAAACUAGAUGAUUUAAUUGGCCAAGGAAAGAGAUGUGACGACAAACGAGGUUUGGGGUUUAUAGGAGGGAAGAGCACAGACAACAGGCUUACUGUAUUUGUACGAGAGUGUGACACUCAGAACAGUCAGAUAAAAAAUGCAAAGGGGAAUUACGUAGUCUCACCUGUAAAAUACUAGUACAGGCAAAAAAUUUGUUACUUCUGUGGAAAGUCUGAGCACAUUUGAUCUUACUGAUUUCGACUACAAAAUCUCAUGUAUCGUCAACAUGCUCAGUCAGAACAUAUUUAUGAAACGACGAAAGGCUGAAUGGCGCCCGAAAACUAAUUCGAAAAACUGCAAGGUGGCUCUCACUUCUGUUAAUAAUCCUAAUGCCUCUAAUUGGUACUUUGGCAGUGGCUGUUUCAGGCAUAUGACAGGGAAUGCCGCCUUUUUCUCAAAACUUAAUGAAUGCAACGCCAGAUCUGUGAUUUUUGGUGAUGAAGGAAAAAGUAGAAUCAUUGGUAAAGGAACUAUUGAUCAACCUGGUGUGCCCUAUCUGCUUGAUGUUUGCUUGGUACAGGGACUGUCAGCAAAUUUGAUCAGCAUUAGUCAAUUAUGUGAUCAAGGAUAUCAAGUCAGCUUUAGCAAGGACAGAUGCAAUGUGGUAGAUAGUCAAAACAAAGUGUUUCUCAGUGGAACGAGGCUGUCUGACAACUGCUAUCACAAGGAUUCCUGAGGUCAAUUUAUGCAAUCUUUCAAAGGCAGAGGAGGCUAGUCUAUGGCACAAACGAUUGGGACACAUCAGUGGAACUUCCAUUGCCAAACUUGCAAAGUUGCAAAGUUGCAAAGUUGGACGCCAUCAUAGGUCUUCCCACUCUUACGUUUAAUCCACAGGAAUGCUGCUUAGAUUGUCCGGUUGGGAAGCAAGUCAAGUCAUCCCAUAAGUCCACCUGUCUGCCCUCUAGUUCAUGCAUUCUGGAACUUCUCCACAUAGAUCUCAUGAGACCAAUGCAAACAGAAAGUCUAGGGGGUAAAAGGUAUGCUCUAGUGUGUGUAGACGAUUUUUCUCGCUAUACCUGGGUGAAAUUUAUUUAUGAUAAAUCCGAGGCGUUCAAAGCUUGUCAAACUCUGUUCUUAAAAGUUUAAAGAGAAAAGAAUAUUGGUAUAUGUCGCAUACGAAGUGAUCAUGGCCAUGAGUUUGAAAAUAAAUAUUUUGUUGAGUUUUGUGAAAAUGAAGGAAUUUUCCAUGAGUUCUCAGCCCCACUGACACCUCAUCAGAAUGGAGUUGUUGAACGAAAGAACUGAACGCUACAGGAAAUGGCUCGGGUGAUGAUUCACGCAAAACACCUGCCCAUUUACUUCUGGACAGAAGCUCUAAAUACUGCCUGUCACAUAUACAACCGGGUCAGUCUUCGUCUUGGUACAACUGCUACUCCAUAUGAACUCUAGAAAGGUAGAAAACC